AAAAAAUAUUAAAAUGAAUUAAGAUGAUGAAUGAUGCUUCAGCAAUAGAAACUUCCUAACUAGCUAUGCAUCGACCUGAUAAAAUCAAGAAGCGGGAAAACAAUGUUAGCCAAUCACCAUGGUCUUCUCGAGGUUAUCAUGGACGAAAUGAACGCGUCGGAUGAGUUGGUCCAAAUGACGAGGGCCAGGUUGCAAAAUCUGAAGCCGCGGCGACAAGAUGCUCAGGAAAAAACGCCUGAUUCGUGUUGUUUUCACAUAGAGUACCACCUUCACACCACGUUGGACCAUUCUCCCAAUGGAGGUGACGAGCACAUCAAGCACCCAAACACCACUCAUCUGAAGAUCAUCUGCGCUAGGGUUGAAAAACACCGGCUCGAGUGUGUGCUCCAGCUGACGAAAAUCAGGGCUCUGGCGCUGGAAAUGGUCCGCGACCAGUACGUCGUGGACCGCUUCCUGGCCACCUUUGGUCCGAAUCUGCACACGUUACGCAUCAAUUACCUGCCGCUGGCAUCCGAAACUGGCGACUGGCUCAAAGUGCGUCGCCUCAUGAAGCUCUGUCCUCGAUUGGAAAGGCUGACUUUGGAAGGCGUCUUCCUCAAAGACGAAACUGAUGUGGACAACUUUCCUGAGCUUCGAGAGUUCGCGUGGAGGGUGUCCUCUGAGGCCUGCGAGGUGGUGGCCAAAAUCCUGACGUCGCCCAAAUUGCAGAAGGUUUGCCUGGCGGGGGCAGUCAACCUGGACGCCCUGAAGAAGGUCACUGCUCAGAUCAGGGAGAGAAAGAUCCUGAGGCAGCUGCAGUCUUUGCACAUUCUCCAGAGAGAAUUCCGCCUUUACAACCUGCAAACCAUGGCUGAUCAAUUCAGCGUUUCUGCUUCUCUGGCAAAGGUCGCUUCAGCUUUUUUGCCCAACCUGAUUGACGUCCAGUUUUCUGUGAUGGACUGCCUGUUUUCCUCUUUCCCUUUCAGUCCUUUAUUCGGUGGACUGAGGAAAGACGAGAGCCUCGACAAGAUUCUCGAUGAGUUCAAGAAGUUCAACAAAAACAAAUGAAAUAAAGGGAAAAAUGUUUUAAUUGCUUCUGGAAAAAGAUAAAUAAAUAUCUUUCCUGAUUUA